AUGAAUGAUAUCGAGGCACUGCUUCACAGCCAGUUUCUCGAGUUAGAGCGGACACCUGGAGUUGAAUCAAUCGAAAUGACUCCUGAUAUAUAUAGAUGGACUGUAGUUAUCGCUGGAUUUACAGGUUCUCCUUAUGAAGGAGGAGUUUUUCCAUUAUUAUUCGAUUUUUCAGAUGGAUUUCCAGAUAAGCUCCCUAAAAUAAUGUUUAUUUGCCCAAUGUUUCAUCCAAAUGUUGAUAGUUUAGGUUUUAUAAGAUUAGAUAAUUUUGAAGAUCCUGUUUUACAGGGAAUCAAUAUAUGCGGAAUUGUUAGUUUCAUACAUUCGAUUAUGUAA